AGGGAGCUGAGGAGUCUGGGGAGGAAAAGCAGUGAAAAUGAAGGCGCUGGUGGUGUUUUCUGUGUUUAUUCUCUCCGUUUGCUUUGGCUUGUUUUGACCGGGAGUUUGGAUCCGGAUGAGCGGCGCGAGCCCUCUCUGAUGAGCGUGCGGGUUAUGUAGCCCUCAGCAUCCCUCCAGCCUCGGUCUGUGUGGAGGUUUAUUUCUUUAUUUUCUAUUUUUUUACCUUUUUUAUUUUGUUUUUAUGGGUGGUUUUCUGCAGAAAAAGGCGUGAGGUGGAUCCCUGAGUUCAAGAAGGGAUUUUUUUAGGGGAGAAAAGCGGGAUUUUAUUGAAGCGCUGAGGAGGAGACAGGUUGCUGCUCCCUCUGAUCUGAUAGAGAGACGCCUCUCAGCUGAUGGAGGAGACGCGCGAGCAGAGCGAGGAUGGACUGAUCGUGACAACAUGAAAAAGAAAAAGUGUGGAGGAUUAAGGUGUCCCUGCCGUCGAGUGCACGCCUGAACCCGGGGAGAGAUCCAGCCAGACAGCAGGAGAGAGGAGAGUCCAGGAGGAGGAGGAGGAGGAGGAAGACGAGGAGAACACGCCCAAAACUGCUGGAGUUUCCUGGUUGCCAUGGAUCCCCCUCCCUCCUUGAGUUUGUCCCUUCUUGCAGGGAGCGAGGAAGAAGAUCAGCGCCCUCCACUCCCUCUGAGUGGCAUCUCCCAUGCUUCCUCGCUCGCCGGCACGUACCCCGGCAACAACCACUCCAACCACACCGGCGGGACCAGCAGCCUGGAGCGCCUCAACGGGACCCCGUCGCCCAGCGGCCCGAGCCUCCCGCCGGCGUCCCUGCCCAAGCUGCCACUGGCCACAACACCCCAGCUGCCCACGCCUAUCCCUAACGCCUUGCACCCCACCAGCACCCCGCUGUCCUCUUGCCUGGGCAGCCAGCACAGCUUGAGUGGGGAGGCGCCACCCAUCUAUAACGCCCUCUUCUACUCCUCACAUUCCCCUUCAUCCGAUCGAGAGCGAGAUAGGGACCGGGAAAGGGACAGGGGCUGCAAGCACAGGCAGGCUAGUCCCUUGGUUCACCGGCGAGACAGUAACCCCUUCACGGAGAUUGCCAUGAGCUCGUGCAAGUACAGCGGCGGCGUGAUGAAGCCGCUCAGUCGCCUCAGCGCCUCGCGGCGGAACCUCAUCGAGUCAGACAGCGGAAGUGACACCAAAGAGGGCGGGAGCGGGGCUGUAGGCGGGCAGGGGGCAGGGCCACCGCCGCCACCGCCUUCCUCGUCCUCCUCCCUACAGCACCACAGUCAGACCCCGCAGCAGCAGCCGCAGCAGAACCCACCGGAAAUCGUCAUUUCCUCUAAAGAGGACCCUCCCUACGGACACGUCUACGAGCUGGAGCCAUCAGCCAAUCAGAUGUCCAUAUACCAUCAGAACCACACGCUCUCCGAAAGCAGGGCCACACUUGGGAUGGCCGGGGGCGGAAGCAAUGGGCGGCGAGGGGGCGGGGCUGGCACCGGGAGGACAGCCUUGAAGGCCCCAAAACGCAAGAACCAGAACAUUGGCUACAAACUCGGCCAUCGUAGGGCGCUGUUUGAGAAGAGGAAGAGACUUAGCGACUACGCGCUCAUCUUCGGCAUGUUCGGCAUCGUGGUAAUGGUGAUUGAGACGGAGCUGUCCUGGGGCGUCUAUAGUAAGAGCUCCAUGUACUCUCUGGCGCUGAAGUGUCUUAUCAGCCUCUCCACCAUCAUCCUCCUCGGCCUCAUCAUUGCUUACCAUGCUCGAGAGGUGCAGCUCUUCGUCAUCGACAACGGGGCGGACGACUGGCGCAUCGCCAUGACGAUGGAGCGGGUGCUGCUCAUCGCUCUGGAGCUGCUGGUGUCGGCGGUGCACCCGGUGCCGGGCGACUUCAAGUUCGUGUGGCGAGCGCGCCUGGCCUUCACCUACAUCCCCUCGCAGGCGGAGGCAGACCUGGACAUGGUGCUGUCUGUGCCCAUGUUCCUCCGACUCUACCUCAUCGCCCGCGUCAUGCUCCUCCACAGCAAGCUCUUCACCGACGCCUCCUCACGGAGCAUAGGGGCCCUCAACAAGGUGCACUUUAACACACGGUUUGUGAUGAAGACCCUGAUGACCAUCUGCCCGGGUACAGUGCUGCUGGUCUUCAGCAUCUCCCUGUGGAUCAUCGCGGCCUGGACCGUACGAGUGUGCGAGAGGUACCAUGAUGCUCAGGACGUGACCAGCAACUUCCUGGGAGCCAUGUGGCUCAUCUCCAUCACCUUCCUCUCCAUAGGCUAUGGAGACAUGGUACCUCACACCUACUGUGGCAAAGGAGUGUGUCUGCUGACCGGCAUCAUGGGCGCAGGCUGCACAGCAUUGGUCGUUGCUGUGGUAGCAAGGAAGCUGGAGCUGACCAAGGCCGAGAAGCAUGUGCACAACUUCAUGAUGGAUACACAGCUCACCAAACGGAUAAAAAAUGCGGCGGCCAACGUUCUCCGGGAGACCUGGCUCAUCUACAAACACACGAAGCUGAUGAAGAAAAUUGACCACUCCCGCGUCCGCAAGCACCAGAGGAAGUUCCUGCAAGCCAUCCACCAGCUGCGAAGUGUAAAAAUGGAGCAGAGAAAGCUCAGUGACCAGGCCAACACACUGGUGGACCUUUCCAAGAUGCAGAGUGUGAUGUACGAGCUGAUGUCGGAGCUGAACGACCGCAGCGAGGACCUGGAGCGGCAGAUGUUGAGUCUGGAGCAGAGGGUGGAGCAGCUGACGGCCGGGUUCAGCGCUCUGCCCGCCCACCUGACGGCCACGCUCAGCGCUCAGCACGCCGCACUCGUCCACCUGCUGCAGGAGCGAGACGCCAAGGCCCUGAGUCCGGUCACGCCCACUGCCCUCCUCACACCUGCCCCUGCCCCCGUCCCACCCACAACUGUCCCCACAACAGCCUCUAAAGAGGACAACCCCAACACCAGCACCUCCAGCUGCUGAGAGAGGGGCGGAGCCUCAGCCAAGCUGGGGAGAAAUGCAUGGGUGUUAUGGUGAGGAACCUGGCUGAAAAAGAGAAAGAGAAUGAGAGAGAGAGAGAAAGAGAGAGGGGUGGGGUCUCGGACUUGGCCAAGGCAAACUGAAAGAAAGAAAGAAAGAAAGAAAGAAAGAAAGAAAGAAAGAGAGGGAGGUGGAGCCUCAGCCAAGCUGGGGAGAAAUGCAUGGGUGUUAUGGUGAGGAACUUGGCUGAAAAAGAGAGAGAAAGAGAGAAAGAAAGAGAGAAGGGUGGGGUCUCGGAUUUGGCCAUGGCAAAAUGUGGAAAAUGGCUGAAACAGAGUUGUAGGAGGGGCCAAAAUAAGAAGAAAAAAAGAGCCUGACUGAAAGAAAGAAAGAAAGAUUGAGAGGGAGGUGGAGCCUCAACCAAACUCGGAAAAAAAAGGAAUGCACGGGUAUUGAAGUGUAGAAUCUGAAUAAACAAGAGAAAAAGAGACAAAAAGGAAAGAGAGAGAGAGAGAGAGAGAGAGAGAGGCAGGAGCCAGAGCCAAAGUGGUGGAAUAGUUCAAUAUCUCAAUCAGAUCAGCUCCAACAUGGCUAAUUACUAAUAGAAACUACUAAACUGUUUGUCCAGAAGUGUGUAGUUCACCUGCACUCUGCUCAGGGAACAGCUUAUAUUCACUCAAUUACAUUACAUUGCUGUAAUUUAAUUACCAUGUUUUUCGCACUAUAAGGCGCACCAGAUUAUGAGGCGCAUUAUUCGUCACUAGUAAGGAACAGGGGAUGUUAAUCUACACAGAUUUAUCUCCUGAAAACCAUUUAUUUGGGUGAGAAAAAUGCUUCCGUUUAUUUACAGUAGGCUUAGAUUUCCAGAUUUCCACUAAGGCUGGGUGCAGCAGCAUUAGCACUAGUGCUAGCUUUGGUUAUGGCGGUUCACAUCCAAGCAUCAAAUUUGAUGCAAACAGAUAUUUUCGGCAAUAUUUCAUAUAUUUGGAAAGUACGCAAACACAGAGAGAGAAAAUAGAUAAUAUAUUGAUAACUUUUUGUUACUUUUAAAUUGGAGGGAUAUGAAGGAUAAAGGAUAAAACUAUACUCAAAGAAAGUGACUCUAGCUGUCGUAUGGCAUCUUGUUAUUUAUACAACAGUUAGCUCCUUCCUCUCAAUCUGAUUGGUUGAGAAGUGUUUUAACCGUGUUGAUAUUUGAGAUAACAGCACGGCCUUCUCACACUAAAUCUGUACCACUCCACGAACGCAUUGCUGAGUAACGGCAUGUAACGUUACACACAAGACAAGUAACAUUAGCUUAGCACAGGCUAGCGCCCAGCCAAGGCACACUCGCCCACAGCGCAGUCUGAUAGCCGGAACGUUAACCAGCCAGGUUAAACUAAGCUAAGCUAAUGCUAAGCUAAAGCAAGCUGCGCUAACCUAACCACAGUCCUACAGGCACAGCUAGCUAAACAUCACCACCCAGCUAACAGGCAGAACUUGUUAUGGAACUACUUUUUGGCGGAAGGCUUAGUCCGUAUUAAAGCAUAUUCAUUAGAAAUUAUUUAUUUAUGUUGUUUCUUCAAUUAGUAAAAAAAAGCUGCUGUAUAAAAGCGAUAGAACACUCAAGGUCGCGAUGUUAUCCACGAUAACACAUUCCCUUUCAAGUUCUAUUGCUUAAACAAGCAAUGCCUUUUUAUUUUUUAGGUCUUUCAUCAAUAAAUUGGGAAUCCACUGAUUAGAAGGGAUGUCUACACACUUUUGGACAUGGUAAAGUAGCCACCACCAAUUGGCAUGACCUCAGUCUUAUUCAUUCUAAGCAACAUUAGCUUUGUUGACUGAGCGGCUAUUCGAUUACAGUGUGGAACCUGCCUGAAAGGGGGAACGAAUGGAGUGAAAGGAGAGAUUAGCCUUAGCCGAGCUGGAAAUGAACGCAUGGGUAUUAAUAAAAGGUGUGUGAGAGAGAGAUAGAUAGAGAAAAUUCAGGUUGGAAGAAGAGUUGAGAGAGUUUGCGAAGGUGGUAAUUGCAUAAAUGAAUUGCACAGAGAGAUAAGAGGGUGACGAGGGGGAGAGGAGGAUGGUGUGUAUGAGGCAUGGGGGUGAGGGGGGGUAAAAUUAAGGGAGAGCAAGCAAGGGAGCGAGAGAGAGCGCGCGCGAGAGAGAAAGAGAGAGAGAGAGAUAAGAGGCAGUAAUUAAAUGAAUGGCAAAUACUUUAAUGGAAUCUGCACUAAUUAGAGGAAAAGGUGUCUCUCCCUCCAUCAGGAAAACUAACCGCAGUGACUUUGUAUCUUUACGACGUAUUUUCUAUCUUAACUGCUAAUUGUGUAUUAACGAGCAUCCCUUUAACGAGAGUUCCAAUCAAUACCACGUGACUAGUGGCACUCUGCACUGUCCAAAAAUAAAAAAAAAUAAAAUAACAAAUAAAUAAUACGAAACACUGAAAAUGCUUAGACACGGAGACACACGUGAUGCCUGCUCUUAGAGACACGGGAGACGGAAUCCACUGUGUGUCAGAGGCAUACACACACUCACACACACACACACACACACACACACACACACACGCAAACGAACGAUGCACUAAAGUCACACCACGGAACACUGCCAGAUAGCUCGUUCCUCGAGGAGAAGACGCUCACCUGCACAGGAACGCUAAAGAAGAAACUGCCAUAUUUCAUGUAAUUCCACAUGAAAGACAACUGUUACACACUGUUCUCAUGAAUGUAUACAUGCAAACACACACACACACACACAUACACACACAACACAGUCUUACUGUCUGUCUACACACACACACAAUACACACACAAUACACACACACACACACACACACACAAACAUACAAUUACACAUUCUCUAAUUAUACCUGCUACCAAAGUGCUCUGUCUACAAAUGGGGCGAAGCUGGAGCUGCUACGAAAUUUUCCUUUCAAAACUUUCCUUUCUUUAAAUGAUCAGUUUGGUUAAAAAAAAAAAUAUAUAUAUAGAUAUAUAUAUCAAAUGAACAUGAUUAAUCACUCCUCCCAGAUGCACCCAGAUGAUUCAAUAAGAUUCUCUAAUACGAUCAAUCGUCUAUUAACAUCUAAUAUCUGCACUAAGUUAGAGUCUACUUUAGUUCUAAAUGGGAGAUGUAAAGCUAAUAUUGCUAACAAACAAACAAACAAACACUGGACUUGAACUUGGAUUUCUUUAAGUACAUGACAAAAAAUGCUUUUUUUUUUUUUUUUUUUUUUUUAACUUCAGCUCCCCAGCUUUAUCUGUAACUCUCAAGCUUUAGCUUUAAUUUAGCUCUCCCUCUUUAGCUUUGUCUUUAACUUUAGCUUGCCAAGUUUAGCUUUAGCUUUCCAGGUUUAGCUUUAACUUUAUCUCUCCAGAUUUAGAUUUAGCCCUCUCACUUCCUCUCCAGGUUUAGCUUUGUCUUUAAUUUUAGAUUGGCAAGUUUAGUUUUAGCUCAGUUUUGUUUUGUUAACUUUAGCUCUCCAGCUUUAGCUUUAGCUCUCUAGAUUUAGCGUUAGCUCCCAAGCUUUAGCUGUAUUAUUAGUUCUCCAGUUUUAACUUUAACUUUAGUUCUCCAGAUGUAGCUUUAACUUUAGCUCUCUAGAUUUAGCUUUAGCCCUUCUACUUUAACUUUAUCUUUAGCUUUAUCUCUCCAGCUUUCUUUAGCUUCUGCUCUUCAUCUUUUUGUUUAGCAUCAGCCUUCCUGCUUUCCAAGUUGCUCAGACUCAAAGAUAGGGUGACGCAACGUCUUGAUUUUUAAUUUUAUAUAGAUAUUUAUAUUUAUAAAUCAUACUUUGUGAUUUUACCAACAGAGCCAGAUCAACAUAUAUUAAAAUAAACCUCAGAUUUAGGUUCUUUAGGGCUUUAAGAUGUUUUAAACCACAUUGAAUUUGCCUGUGCCACGGAAAUGAAGACAAUCUAGAUGCAGUUUAAUUGAAUAAAGAGACAUUUUUAGUGUGUAUUUCCAGUGCUACAUUUUAUAGCAUCCUAAUUCCAGUGUUUGUUAGCAGAAUUAGCCUAACACCAAUCUCCCGUUCUAAACUUCAAAGGCACAGGUCAGACCUCAAACAUGUCUUGGAUGAUGGACCUGGAUCUGGGGGGUCAACGAUGAAUCAUUUCCAUUCAAUUUUUUUUUUCUGAACUAGUCCUUUAAAGGAGAACUCCGGUGAGGAAUUGACUUGGGUUUUAGUGAAACAUGAUAACGAGUACAAACUUUUGUUGAAUAUCUUACCUUCAUUCUCCCCCAGCACUCCCAAAUACAGCACUUUUAGCCGAUGCUCCCAAUAGGUUUACAAUGCUAGUGAUUGGGGCAUAGAAUUACCCAUGCAAAAAAAAUCACCAUUUUACAGCAUUAGCAUGCUCAAAAUAGUUAAAUAUUUUAUUGGUAAAAUUCUGAGAGCUCUGACAUGUAAAACGAGGCAAUAUAUAAAUAUAUAUUUAUAUAUAUUUUCACAAAUGUGGGAAAAUGUUUUUACUCUGCCACAUUAGCUGGGAUGCUACCAUGCUUUACUUCAGUGUGCUGAUUUUUAGUUUUCCACUGCAGUGGGUUGGGCUAAUCUGCUGUUUGAUUGGCUAAUAAUUAUUUAUUCUGGUGCAAAAAUAGCUAUCAAUCUGUGUGAAGUGAAAGAAUACACAAGAAAGAAGAAAUAUCACACACUAUUAAGUGUCCAUUACACUGAUUAUACACACAGUACCUGUAGUUACUUCUUUAAUGCAUCGUCAUCUUGAAAUUAAGCCAAACUAACUAUCAAAAAUAAUUCUGUGGAUUAUUAUAUAUUUCUAAAGUAGUGAUAUUCUUUACAUGGGCAACUUUAUGCCCCAAUCACUAGCAUUGUAAGUUUGUCAGGAGCAUUGGAUAAAAGUGCUGUAUUUGGGAAUGCUUGGGGUAAAUGAAGGUAGGCUAUUCUAUGAAGGUUCCUACUCGUCAUCAUGUUUCAAUAUAACCCAAUUUAAUUUCACACCAGACUUCUCCUUUAAGGUGUAAUGGUACAUUAUAUAGAGAAUUAUAAAGAGGAGCCGACUCCAGCCUCGCCUGUGAAGGGGUCUGAAAGCGGAAGGCAUGGCAAGGCGAGGGAUGAUGGCGAGAACAAUCAGAGGGACAGAAAUGAAUGAAAAAAAGUAAAUGUUAUGUUAAAGAAUGUUAUAAAAGAAAGGAGGAGAAGAAGAAGAGAGGGGGGGUUUGGAUCUGGAUGAUAAGACUCACAGCCAUUUAAAGAGAAGGAGAGGAAACUGAAGCCAGUGGACUGAUCAUACAUACAAAAACUGCCCGCCGGAGGUGGAACCAGGAGAGCUGCUCAACUGUAGAAUGUGAGAGUCAGUUUUACUGUGAGUGGAGUUUAAUCCGUUAUCAUGGUGUCUUGGAAUAAGAGACUAUUUUACUGCUGACCCCAUUUCUACUGAGACCAUUCUGCGGGAAAAAAAACAAAAAGACCUGUCUCAUAGUGACAUCCUGUGGCCGGAAUACUGAAUUAAACUCGCUUGGAAACAAAAACGAAACAAAAAAAAAAAAAAAAAAAAAAAAACAAUUGUACAUUAUUAUGCUGUUAAAUGAAACCUAGCUUUGUAUCGCUCGACUUUUUUUUACCGUUAAUGAUUACUAACGCAGUUCUAGCCGAUAUUUACUAUUACGAUACUACUAUAGCAUUCUUCUCAUUCGUCAUGACAACUACGAUCGCUAUAUCGAUACCGACUUUAAUAACGUUAACUAUUGCUAAGGGAGGUUCAGUUUGAGGUUGAAAUUAUUUUGUAAUUUUAUUUUAACAGAGAGAAUUAAUAAAGUAUAUAUCUAUAUAA